AUGGACGCGACGUUCCGCUUCCAGCUGCGCGCCGCUUUCCAUCAUGCCGCCGCCAGCUGCGACCCCCUUGAAAACUCCGCCGCGGCGCCAUUCGCCGAAUCCCAAAGUUCCGCGGUGCUCCCAACCCUGCAACUCUCGAAUCAACCGCUGCAGAAUCAGCAGCAGCAGCAGCAGCAGCAGCACUACCACCACAUGGGACAAAAUCUCGAUCUUGUGUCCCCGCAACUGUCGCCGCACGUGGUGCAAGGACAGGAGCACGUGGGCGGGAAACAGGCGCGCCAACGGUCGGAGCAUCUGUCGCAGUCGUCGCAAGCAUCGCAUGUUCGCAUGAUCAUAGCAGGAGGAGACGCGCAAGCCGCUCAAGAAAUCGAUCAAUGGACUAUGGCACCAGCGCGAAUCGCGCCGAUCGAUGGAGGCUGCGUCACGGACUCCGACUCCCGUCGGGCCGACUCGCACGACGACUCCGCCGCGGAUUACUACUAUUCCCGGCACGGCGCGCAAGGCGCCGGCGCCGCCUCUGUUGAUCGUGGCGGGAAUACUAACCAGCCUGGAUCCAGGGAUCUGCGUGAUCAUCUUAUGACGUCGUUUCCCCCGCCGUCGUAUCCGCUCUCCUCCGCGCAUCUAGCGCACACCAUGAUGCGCCCGCCCGCUGAUUCCGCUUCUCAGCGUCACCUGGAGGCCUCCGUGCGCCACACGCCCCCGCAGGCGCACUCCGCGCUGCAGCAUUCCGCGCUACAGCACUCCCCGCCGAUGAUGCACUCUCUUUUGAAGCACAGCGAAUCGGAGUUUCGAGGAGACGGGUUGUCUGCUCAUGGAUUGUUGACGCAGCCUGUAAAUGUUAACGCCAAGGCACGGAUAAUGUGUGCAACGCACAUGUAUGCAUUCAUGUAG